AGUGAAGGUCUUCCUCCUGGAAACUCAGCGAAAAGCUUCUUAAUAGAUACUUUUUCAAAACCUAAAAUGUUCAUUUCUGUAGCUUUUCUUCUGGGGCCGCCAUCUCUUCGCUUCUGCAGGCACAACAUCCGAUCGAUUUCUGCAAGAUGAAGAUCGAUGAGGGAAGUACUUUUGAAUCACGCCGGUCGUCCCGUGGCAGUGAGGACCAUGCUUUACCACUGGAACUGGAGAACAAUCUGCAAGAUAAUGUUGCAGAUGAGAAAAGUGGAAUGACCAGACGAAGGACAUGGAAAGCUCCGAAAGGAAAAGGAAAAGGAAAAUGCAGGAAGAAAGUGUGUCGAGCUGAUGAUGUCGACAAACCAUCCGGAACUUUCCAACAGCCAGAUUCUGCUAUGGAGUUGGAGAGCCAGCAGCAAGCUUGUGGUAUGGUUCAAGACCAGGCCAAUACUAAGAUGAAAAAAUUGAUCCCGGUACGGCCAAGGAAACGGCAAUCUCCCCACGAAUUACCGAAAGGAAAAGGAAAAGGAAAAGGAAAAUGCUGGAAGAAAGUGUGUCGAGCUGAUGAUGUCGGCAAACCAUCCGGAACUUUCCAACAGCCAGAUUCUGCUAUGGAGUUGGAGAGCCAGCAGCAAGCUUGUGGUAUGGUUCAAGACCAGGCCAAUACUAAGAUGAAAAAAUUGAUCCCGGUACGGCCAAGGAAACGGCAAUCUCCCCACGAAUUACUGGAAGAAACCUUCGAUGUUAACGAAGCACCUGAAGAUUCCCGAUCACCAGAACCAACGGGAAAAGAGAAGCCUGUAAGAGUACUAUUUAUCAUCGAGAAGAAAUCCCCUCCGAAAGUACUCAAAGUUCUGAAGGAUAGACUAAACCGACGGAUGAAGAACGAUGAAUAUGCAGACAUGUUCAAUUGUAUAUAUAUUAUGAAACUUGUGAUGAAACAUGAUUUGAAAUCUCUCUCUUCAAUAUUUGUCGAAAAGCUUGACAAAAUCGACAAGAAGUGGCCUGCUCGGCCAGACAUGAUCAUCAUUCAGAAGGAUUUAGAAGAGGAAACAAUAACAAGAGAGUGGUUUACUGCAUCUGACCUGGACAGUAUAUUGAAUGAACUGAAUGAUGGACAGAGUCCAACUAUGUCUGACCUGGACAACAUUCUGGAGAAUAUGGGCAAGAAACCGAGUAAGCAAGCCACAUCAUUUGUUAAGAUGCUCCAUAGAUUUGAAGCAAUAGAACAAAAGAUCAAAGAAUCAGAUAAAAUCCGGGCUAAGGACCCAACAAAAUUAAUUGAGCUUGGACAAAUCAUCUGUGGUGAUGAGGGGGUUAGCGAGGAGACCCUAAGAGAGAAGAUUUCUACUGUUUGUUCAUCGUUAUUUUUGGAAGAGAAUAUAACUAACAAGUUACCAAAAGACAAUAUCCUUGAAGAAGUCUCUGCUACAGAGCUUUAUACUGCUUCUCCAAUGCAUGUUUCGGAAGACAAUACAGCAUACAAUAUACCGGGAAAUGUUGCUGAAGAAUGCUCGGCUGCUGUGCAUGGUUUUCAAUUCCCAUUGAAUCUUGGGGAAGCAAAUGCAACUAACGAGUCUGCUGGAAGUAUGCGCAAGUACAUGAAAGAUCUAAAAAAGGAACUUUUUGACAAAAGCAACAUCGACGUGAAAGUUUCGGACUUCCAUGGUUUACAAGAUGCAAUAAACAGUUCCAAAGAUUAUAUUCCAGAUCACCUGAAAGAAAUUGCUGAGAAAAUCGAAGACGAUCGUGGCGAAAGUACUCCUAAUAACGACUUUUAUCGACAACUUCUAGUUCUUGUCUCUGCUGCGACUAAAGAGAUGGAAGAUUUGUGUGUUAAUGAAUUGAAGAAGCCUAUAUUACGUAAGUGGGCAGCUACCUUCAACCUGGCCAAUCUUAUGCAGUUCAAGGUCCCAUAUUUUGAAAGGUUAUUGGUAAAAAGUAUGCAUGCUUACCUUAGUUAUUCAACAAUGAAUCCUGGUUCGGAAAAUUAAGUUCGAAAAGCCGAGUCUUAGCGAACACAUAAACGGUCAUGAUUUUCAGUUUAGUUCUGUUGGAUUUCUGAGUUUUAUAUUUGACUUCUUUAAACAGGACCUCUUAAAGCUUGUUAUAUUUUAUCUGUUUACAACAUCAGACAUUGAAGGCUUGUGGAUUUGUUUUUAUUAUUUGGAUUGUUACACUUUUAAUUAUUAAGGUUUGCAUGUUUUUAA